AUGGGGCGUAGGUUUUGCUUCUGGAAAUUGAGGCGGGAAAGAUUUGUGGAGUAUCUGAUUGUUGAAGAACAAUUUGGUGUGGGUGUAGGGGUGAGGGGCAAUUUUGCUAUCAGCUACGACCCGGAACCCGACCCAAUGAUCCUACGGGGAAAGUUGAAAGGGUCCCACCCUUUACUUCUCCAUCUUCACCAACGCGCGCGAUUCAAAAUUUUGGGAAAGUUCAGGUACACACAAAAUCUCUCUCUCCCGCCCUCUCUCUCUCUCUCUCCAAAAACGAUCCACCAACAACGCCACCAGAGCCUCCCACAUACGCCGGACCACCACCAAUCGACCACGACCGGAGCCUCGCACAUACGCCGGCCCACCGCCACUGAAGCCCCCACAGAUCGACGGGCCCGCCACCACCGACGCCGCACCACGAGUCGUCCCAAACCGCUGAUCCACCACCACUGGAUAUUUGCAACCAAAGUCGCCCCACCACCAGCGCCGCACCACCACCAAUUCCUCGCUCCUUAUUACUUUCCGACCGCUUUAAUCACCAUUCAACAGAUUUUCAGGGCCAUGCAAAAUGCGAUAAGUGAAGUCUUUCCAUUUGCAGGUGAUUAUAGGGAUGUGGUUAUAGUGUUGGAGUUGGAAAGCUCACAAGCUAGAUGAAGCCUUUGAUACUAGUUUGAAUCCGGAUUUGAACUCUGUAACUAGGCUUUUUGAAACUCUUUCUUUCGUACUGAUGGGGAAUAUCCCACUUGAACUUUGUUUAUUUUGCUAAUGUUAUAUGAAGCGGUUACAGAAUGUGAAGGCAAAAAUGGUGCUGUUUUGUGGUAAGAGAACUAUAUUUUCUUUUGUGGUUAAUAUAUGGACAUAUGUGGAGGUAUAUGAAAUGGAAAUCUUAAGCGUAUCGCAUGUGUGUUAGACA